CAAAUACUAUUUCACCAUUAGAAUAGAUAACAUGUAAUUGCGAUUGUGCGGCGACCAAACCCAAGUAAAGCAAAGCAAAUCCCCCGCACAGCAGCGGAGCACUGGCAGAAGUUCAAAGUCAUCACAACUCGACAGUAGUGUAGCUGGUACAAAUUAGAUUUAACUUUCGUGUCGACAUUUAUGAAACUCUCGGCCGUCACAGUGGACGCACGGUUCGCGCAAAUGGUGUCGGGUCGUCGAUAGAACCAUAGCAUUCCGCCAAUCCUGCAGAAGUCAUUCACAAAUUUUAAGUUUUAAAGUGAGAGCCGAUCAUCCGCCUUCGAUCCGAUUCGAGAGCGCAAGAUGAGCGAGACGCUGGCGUUGGCGAGCGGCGGCGUGAGCGAUCUGCCGCCCACGUCUGCAUCCACUACCUCCCUGCCGCUGCCCGUAGUUGAGCAGGGACCGCGCGUGGGUAUGGACCUAGAGGAUCCUAGGAACAACGGAUUCUUUCUCUGGAAAUGGUUGUGUAACUGGACAUCCAGCUCCCCAACAAUGCUACGCGCUGUGGAGAAGAAGAUUCUGUCGUACGUGAAGCUGCCCUACCGGGGCUUCUUCGUGGAUAUUGGCCCAGCAGUGGGCGAGGCGGACAAGAUAUGGACGAUCAGCAUGAACACCGAGUCCAAGGAGGUGCCCCUGGUGCUGCUUCAUGGACUCGGAGCCGGUAUUGCCCUAUGGGUGAUGAACUUAGACGCGUUUGCCAAGGGCAGGCCCGUUUACGCCAUGGACAUCCUGGGAUUCGGACGCAGCUCGCGGCCACAGUUUGCCAAGGAUGCACUCGUGUGCGAGAAGCAGUUCGUCAAGUCGGUUGAAGAGUGGCGCCGCGAAAUGAACAUCAGUGACAUGAUCCUGCUGGGCCACUCGAUGGGCGGGUUCAUUGCCUCCAGCUACGCCCUUAGCUACCCGGAGCGGGUGAAACAUCUUAUCCUGGCCGAUCCGUGGGGCUUCCCCGAGAAGCCCUCGGAGGCUGCGAUCAACGGCAAGCAAAUACCGCUCUGGGUGCGGGCCAUAGCUAGGGUACUGACCCCUCUUAAUCCGCUGUGGGCCCUGCGCGCCGCCGGCCCCUUUGGCCAAUGGGUGGUUCAAAAGACGCGACCGGAUAUCAUGCGCAAGUUCCAGAGUACCAUUGAAGAGGAUAUUAACCUGCUACCACAGUAUAUCCACCAGUGUAAUGCCCAGCACCCGAGCGGCGAGUCCGCAUUCCACUCGAUGAUGCAGUCCUUUGGCUGGGCAAAGAACCCCAUGAUCCACCGCAUCAAGGACGUGCGCAGCGACAUACCCAUUACAUUCAUCUACGGCUCCCGCUCCUGGAUCGACUCCUCCUCUGGCGAGAAGAUUAAGUCGCAGCGCGGCAGCAACAUGGUGGACAUAAAGAUAGUGACGGGCGCCGGCCACCACGUGUACGCCGACAAGCCAGACGUAUUCAAUCGCUAUGUGAACGAGACCUGUGAUAUCUACAAGAUGGCCGGCGGCAAGCUGGUUACGCCCCUACAGCUCAUCCGCGAAUCCACGGAGUCCGACGAGGAGCGCGAGCCCAACCUGAAAACAGCUAAGACGGUGGAGGUUCAACCGGAGGUUCAGACGGUGUCCACAACCGUAGGCGAUUCCGACACAUCCGCGGCGCAGGUCGACGAAUUGGCGACCAAUGUCAAACCGAAGUGAGAGCAGGGGAGCUGAGAGCCUGAAUCGGGACCCCAAUAGCCUGUAUCUUUUAGCUUAGUGUCUUUGCCUAGUAUUAAAUGGUCAUUAUAUCCUCUCAGCCGCUUUUUUUAACCUUAGAAUAAAGUCGAACUUGGCUGAAACUGCAACUAACCCAAUAAA